GUUAUCAUGGGCAACCUUAAGCAAGGCGAAUUUAUUGGGUCACUUGAUUGCGGUACAACAUCUGUUCGGUUUAUCAUUUUCGAUCAAUAUGCUAACGUCGUGGCACAAUAUCAAUCUGAGUUUCCCCAGUACUAUCCGAAUCCGGGUUGGCACGAACAUGAUGCAGAAGAAAUACAACAGGUUUCGGAGCUGUGCAUCGCUCGGGCAUGCAGCAACUUAGAAGAGGGUGGUUGGACGAAGGAGAGCGUGAAAGUGAUAGGUAUCACCAACCAGAGAGAGACCACAGUUGCAUGGAGUCGCAGCACAGGCAGACCUCUAUGCAGGGCAAUUGUCUGGACAGAUUCUCGAACUAAGAACACUGUAGCUCACUUCGAACAUGUGUUGACCCACACAGGGCUGGAGGUCGAAGAAGGGUUGUUCAAAAAUGGCGAAGAAGGAGUCGAAGCUUUGCGAGAAAUUACCGGCUUAAAGUUAUCGACCUACUUUUCGGCUAUCAAGUUACGAUGGAUGAUAGACAAUUAUCCCGAUGUUCACAGAGCUCACGAAGGCGACGAUCUUAUGUUUGGCACUAUCGAGUCAUGGGUACUUUAUAAUUUAACUGGCGGCUCAAAUACCGGCUUACAUGUAACGGAAGUGACGAACGCGUCUCGUACUCUUCUCUUGAACCUGCGUGAAUUAAAGUGGGAUCCGCUACUUCUCAAGUUUUUUGGUUUUCGAAAGACCAUUCUACCGAAGCUCGUUUCCUCAUCGGAGGUGUAUGGUCAUAUUUCCACUGGACCCCUUAAAGACGUCCCUAUCGGUGGUCUUGUGGGUGAUCAGCAGGGCGCAUUAGUGGGGAACAAGUGUUUGAAAGAAGGUGAAGCCAAGUGUACCUAUGGAACGGGCGCUUUCCUGCUAUUCUGUACGGGCAAGGACAUUGUGAAGAGUGGUCAUGGUUUGCUGAGCACGGUCGCAUACCAACCUGGCCCAGGGACAGCCCCAGUAUAUGCUCUGGAAGGAAGUAUCGGUGUCGCUGGGAGUGCUAUCAAAUGGUUACGAGACUCGAUGGGUUUCAUUGCCACGGCAAACGAAGUCAAUACCCUUGCCGCUUCUGUCACUUCGACAGGUGGAGUAUACUUCGUGACCGCCUUCUCUGGCCUAUUGGCCCCAUAUUGGGACUCUGGCGCAGCAGGCCUGCUCAUCGGACUAUCUUCAUACACAACCCCAGCACAUAUUGCGCGUGCAACGAUUGAAGCCAAUGCGUUCCAAACUCGAGCCAUCUUAGAAAGUAUGAAGUUAGACUCGAACACUGAAUUAAAACAUCUUAAAGUCGACGGCGGGAUGACCAAUGGCGAUGUAUGUAUGGAAAUAUUAGCUGAUAUAGGCGGAUUCGAUGUCAUCCGGCCGGAGAUGAGAGAGUCCACUGCACUAGGAUCAGCACUUCUGGCUGGGUCAGCAGUUCGUCUAUUUGGAUGGGAUAUCAGCAAACCCGAGACGCUUUCCGAGGUCAAUACGAAAGGAAGCCGGGAGUUCAACCCUCGUACUACAAUUAAGGAGAGACAAAAGAGUUGGACAUGUUGGCUUCGAGCCAUUGAGAGAUCCAAAGGAUGGGAGGAAGGUGUUGAUGAGUAAGACUUUCACCUUACUUCGGAAGUCUUCAUAUCGUCGCAUCGAAUGUUGGGCCAAACCUCAUAAUUGUAUUUCUAUGUAUUAUCAUAACAAUGAAGGUCAUAAAUUUGAGGUCGCCCAGAAUUCAACUUUGCUGUUUUAUGCCACCUGAGCAUUAACAAAAA